UAGCCGCCUUCUUCAGUCCCAGUCUUCCCGAGGAGGAGGAGGGACUAGGAAGGGGUCCCAUUGCUGCACAUCCCGUCCUGGGUUUGACCUGCUGCCGCCGCCUCAAGUCUCCCAUCUCGCCCACCCCAGACUCCCGACAUGAGCCCCCCUUCCAGCUCGGGCAUCUAUGUGAGCCGCGGGGUGGCUCUCCUGCUGGCCGGGCUGACGGCUGCGCUCUUGCUGGUGCUGGUGGCUCUGGCUGCCCUGUAUGGCAACUGCGCACGCGUCCAGCCUUUGGAGCAGCAUAGCCCGGGGGUGAAGGACACUGAGUUAAUCACUUUUGGCGGCCAGGAGCAGGCGCCACCAACCCCAACACCAGAUGCUGCGCGUGAGCCAGCGGUGGCCACCACCUCGAAAGACUGGAGACCCCCAUCGGGGCCCUGGGAACAUCUGCGCCUGCCUCCCUGGCUUGUCCCGCUUCACUAUGAUCUGGAGCUGUGGCCCCGGCUACGGCCGGAUGACCUGUCCACGUCGAGUUUGACUUUCACAGGUCGCGUGAACAUCACUGUACGCUGCACAGUGGCCACCUCGAGACUGUUGCUGCACAGCUUCUUACUGGAAUACAAGCGAGUGGAAGUGUGGGGUCCCCUGGCCUUAGGCACUAGGAACGCCGGUGCAGGUCGAGUGCCUGUGGACAAUGUGUGGUUCGCUCUGGACACGCAGUACAUGGUGCUGGACUUGGGCCGGGCCUUGCAGCCAGGGAGCAGAUAUGAGCUGGACCUCUCUUUCUCUGGCCGAGUGCUUCAGCACGCUUCAGAGGGGCUCUUCCUGAACUUCUACUUCGACCAGGGCGAGCACAGAGCCUUGAUUGCAUCUCAAAUGGAGCCGACGUUUGCCAGGAGUGUUUUCCCCUGUUUCGAUGAGCCAGCUCUGAAGGCAACGUUUAACAUUACAAUUAUUCACCAUCCUGGGUAUGUGGCUCUUUCCAAUAUGCCACAGCUAGGUCAGUCUGAAAGAGUCAGUGUGAAUGGAAGUAGAUGGACGGUCACUGCCUUCCGCACCACACCCCGCAUGCCAACUUACCUCGUCGCUCUUGCCGUGUGUGAUUUCGACCACGUCAGCAGAACUGAGAGAGGCAAGGAGAUACGAGUCUGGGCCCGAAAAGACGACAUUGCAAAUGGAAAUGUAGACUUUGCUGUGAACAUCACAGGUCCUAUCUUCUCAUUUCUGGAGGAUUUGUUUAAUAUCAGUUAUCCACUUCCAAAAACAGAUAUACUUGCCCUGCCUGCUUUUGACAACCGUGCAAUGGAAAACUGGGGGCUGCUGAUAUUUGAUGAAGCAUCCUUGUUGCUGGAUCCAGAUGAUGAGACAACGGAGAAAAGGGCCAUGGUCUUGUCCAUCGUCUCCCACGAGGUUGGGCACCAGUGGUUCGGGAACCUGGUGACCAUGAGUUGGUGGAAUAAUAUAUGGCUCAACGAGGGCUUUGCAUCUUAUUUUGAACUUGGAAUAAUUAACUACUUCUAUCCCAACCUCCCAAGGAAUGAAAUCUUCUUUUUUAACUUUUUACAUGGAGUCCUCAGAGAAGAUCAUGCCCUGGAGUCUAGAGCUGUGUCCACUGAGGUGGAAAGUUUCACAGAAACAAGGGAAAUAAAUGAACUUUUUGACAUAUAUACGUACAACAAGGGCGCAUGUAUGGCCCGGAUGCUCCACAGUUUCCUGGACCAGCACUUGUUUGUCAAUGCACUUAAGUCAUAUUUGGAGACAUUUUCCUACUCAAAUGCUGAGCAAGAUGACCUAUGGAGACAUUUUCAAAUGGCCAUAGAUGAGCAGAAUAUAAUCCAUUUGCCAACAACAGUGAAAAGCAUAAUGGAUAGCUGGACAUAUCAGGGUGGCUUUCCAGUCAUCACCUUAAAUGUGUCUACGGGGAUCAUGAGACAAGAGCCGUUUUAUCUUGAAAAGGCUGAAAAUCAAAUUCUUGUAAGCCGCAAUAACACAUGGAUUGUGCCUAUUUUUUGGAUGAAAAAUGGAACCACACAACCUUUAGUGUGGCUAGACAAAAGCAGCAUGGUGUUCCCUGAGAUGCAAAUUGCAGAUUCUGAUGACGGCUGGGUGAUUCUAAACCUCAAUGUGACUGGAUAUUACAGAGUGAAUUAUGACAAGUUAGGUUGGAAGAAAUUAAGCCAACAGCUUGAAAAAGAUCCUAAGGCCAUCCCUGUCAUUCACAGGCUGCAGCUGGUGAGCGAUGCUUUUGCCUUGUCUAAAAACAAUUAUAUUGAAAUUGAGACAGCACUUGAUUUAACCAAGUACCUUGCUGAAGAAGAUGAAAUCCUAGUGUGGUUUGAAGUCUUGGUAAACUUGAUAAACAGGGAUGCUAUUUCUGAUGUGAACAACUUUGCUAUAUACCCAUUAUUGAAGAAGUAUUUGCUAAAGAGAAUUAGCUCAAUAUGGAAUACUUAUUCAGCUAUAAUUCGAGAAAAUGUGGCAGCACUACAAGACAAUUAUUUAGCUCUACUAUCACUGGAAAAGUUUUUUGAAACUGCCUGUUGGUUGGGUCUUGAAGACUGUCUGCAGCUGUCCAAAGAGCUCUUCAGAAAAUGGAUGGAGGAUCCAGAGACUGCAAUACCUCAUCCGAUUCGAAGAGUGAUUUUAUGCAAUGGCAUUGCUUUGGGAAGUGAUAAGGAGUGGGACUUCUUGCUAAGAUUUUACAUCAAUACAACUGAGGAAGAGGAAGAGGAAGAGGGAAGGGUCCAUCUUAUUUAUGCUCUGAGCUGCAGUAAAGAACCAUGGACACUUAACAGAUUUAUGGAGUAUGCCAUCACCGUGUCUCCAUCCCCUUUUAAUGAAACAAAUAUAAUACAAGCUGUGGCAGCAUCUGAAGUUGGCUGGUAUGUUGCAAAGGACUUUCUAAUCAACAAUUGGCUAGCUGUGAUUGACAGCCGUACUUUGCACUGGUAUGGACCAGAAUCACUAGAUGAUCUGGUGUGGGUCAUAGGGAGGACUGUAAGUACAGACCUACAGGUUAUGGAGUUGCAGAGGUUCCUGGGUAAUGUGCUGGAGGAGCACCAGAGGACUGUGGCUCACGCCAAAUUACAGGCAAUAAAGACAGAGAAUCUGAAAAACAAGAAGAGAAUUGCCAGGCUGGCCGAGUGGCUUCGGAAAAACACAUAAUUUGUGGCCACUUGUUGCAUGCUUCUUGCAUUUUAUAAUCUUGUUUGCUCACAGCUCUGUCUUCCAUGUUUAGUGACUGGAGAGCUGCAUGUCUACUUUUAUUUUGGUUAUGUUUUUUCUACUUAGUCAUGUCCUUCCUGUCUUCACGCCUUGCCCCAAGGGUCAGUGAUUGCUGAGGAUCUUGUCAACACUGCCAUGUAUCUGGACAAAUUUCUGUUUCCCAUCAAACAAUAAAGUCACCAAAUGUAAGCGCCUUGCAAAAAAUUGAAAACCAAAAAAGAAAACUAAACCAAACCAAACAAACAAACAAAAACAGAUUGACCUAAGAAAGUCUGGCUUAUUUUGAUGUGGAGGCCAGAGGAGCACUGAAUCAGUGGCAUUAAUGGAAAGAAUGUUCUAUUCAGAUAGAAAUCCAGACCUGAGGACCUGAAAUAACUCUAUGCCUUAUUUAGUUUGAAAAUGAAAAAGCGAUGGGAACAUAACAUGGCAGUGUAAAGAAAGAGAAGACAGACAUAAAUAAGAUCGUCAGGAGAUAGAACAACCAAAUAAAGCCAAGUCUAGCCAAGGCAGAAAAGGAGGCAUGGCCAAUUUCAGGAGUCAUAUCAAAUGUCCCAAAUGCAAAAAAUUAACAAGAUAGUAAAAAGAGUCUUCUUUCUUGGUCUCUCUCCUGAAGUGUCUACAACAUUGGCUGUUACUCCUCUGUUAGAUGGUGUCACAAACGCACAGAUGUUUGUAGACUCUAAACAGCCCUCAGCAUCACUCUGAGGGGAGGAUGAAAGCUCUGAGAGGAUGCUCUGCGCAGUCACCUGUGGAUGGAUGCUCUUUAGUCAGAGUCCCUAGGGGAAAAUAGUGAUGUCAAGGGCAGUAACAUUUUUGGACUAAUCUUCUGGACUAAGGAAAAUCUCCAAAUAAAGAGAACCAAAUGUUAAGUCGGAGCACAGUUAUCGCCAUUUUGUACUCAACAGAGCAAAUUCAGUUGGCCAAGGUGAACCUGCUUGCAAUGUGGAGCAAUGGGCUUUCAAGAGUCGCUGACCGUGGACAUAUGCCACGAGCCUGGUUUCCUUACACAGGAUGAAAAACAGGACAGGGAGGCACGCUGCUCCUGCUUCAGAUGCUGUGUAUCUCAUCCAGUCUCUUCCCUGUACAUCGUGUUGGUGCUUUUGCAGAAUGAGGGUAAAAAUCACUUAUCUCCUAUCUACCUCACAGUAGUAUUGUAAAGAUGAAAGAAUAUGUCACCAAAGAAAAGUCUUUAGACCUACCAGGCAAGACUGGAAGCUUAGAAGUUUUUUUUUCGUGUGACUUUAUUAAUGGGAGGAGUCACGGGAAGACUGUAUAUUCCAGGGACUGAAGAAAGGAAGAGCAUCAGGGAUCAAGAAGAGGACAGGACUGGUAAACAGCACCGAGAAAUAGAAAGGGGUGGAAAGAAGAACAGGUCUGCUAUUUCAUCCAUGUGCACAGGCCACAGACACAUCAAAAUUAACACUGCAUAAACAGAAACAUACACAUCAAAACUAACAUUACGUAAACAGAAACAUAAGUCAUCGUACAUUCAAACGCUUGUUUGAGAUUCGUAGCAUCUCACGUUACUAAAAUUUAAAACCUCAGUUUUCUGGAGAAGGCUUUGUAUACCUCCAUGGUAAAUGCGAAAUCAGGUCACUGUGCUAAUGACCCAACUCCAUCUACUCCAUAGUAAUGCCUAAGUAGCACCCUGCUAACUCAUACAGCCAACGAGGAACCGUCAUCAACCCAGAAGACUUAAUUUUACAACAGCAGCGCAUGGCUGUGCAUUCCUGUGGCUAAUGUGACUUAAUGGAUGCAGAUCAAAACUUCCAUGCUGAGUAUCUAGGUCCAGAUUCCACAGGCUUCUUUACCACCUUCCUUUGUGGAGGAGAAAAUCUAAGAGAUGAAUACAAGUUAUUUUGAUUUCUUUUUAAAAGUAUUUUGUUUUCAAUUUUUAAUUCUGCACGUGUGUGUAUGUGCAUGUGCGUGUGCGCGCGCGUGUGUGUGUGUGUGUGUGUGUGUGUGUGUGUUAUGAGUGCAGUGCUCACGCAGGCCAGGAUGGGUGUCAGGCCUCCUGCGGCUGGAGGUAUAGGUGUGUGUGUGAGCUGUCUAAUGUGUGUGCUCAGAGUUGAACUGAGUAAACUCUUAACCACUGAGCCAUCUCUCCAGCCCCAUAACCUGAUUUCAAUUAAGUGAUUUUUAAAUUGUAAAUAAAAUUUAAAGACACAGACUGAAAAAUACUGAGACGUUUGUGUUGUACUUAAAAUGGAUAUCCUUGCAUCUGGAUUUUCAAAGUAACAAAUUGCAAGUUUUUAAAGAAGAUUUUCCCAUACCAGGCUCAUUUUGAAAAAUACAAUGUUUUCUUUUGUAAAAAGUAUACUUUGUGGAGGAGGCUAUUUCUGUAAGUGCAUUUGUGUAUAAAUCACACAACACAA